GGAACUGGACUUGAGGCAGUGUAUCUAACUAUGAAUGUUCAACGUUUUAGAUUUUUAGUUAGAAAUUUACGUUUUGACGAUUUUACCAACCGCUCAGAAAGAAGCGAAAUUGAUAAAUUGGCUCCUAUAAGAGAACUUUUUGAAGUUCUAGUACAAAAUUUUCAAAAUAAUUUUAUUCCGACUGAAUAUUUAACAUUAGAUGAACAAUUAAUUGCUUUCCGCGGUAGAUGUUCGUUCAGACAAUAUAUUCCAAAUAAACCUGCCCGUUACGGAAUAAAAAUAUUCGCUCUUGUAGACGUAAAAAAUGCAUAUACAUUUAAUUUGGAGGUUUAUGCCGGACAACAACCAAAUGGUCCUUAUAAAAUGAAUAAUAGUGCGGAAAGUGUUGUCAAAAGAAUGGUUCAGCCAGUGGAAGGUACUAAAAGGAACAUAACCAUGGAUAACUGGUUCACUUCACUUCCAGUGGUAAAAUAUUUACUAACUGAAAAACAAUUGACAGUAGUGGGGACUUUAAGAAAAAAUAAAACAUGUAUUCCAAAAGAAUUUUCAAUUUCAAAAAAUAGGGAAAUAAAUUCGUCAUUAUUUGGUUUCCAAAAAGAUUGCAUAAUCACUUCAUAUGUCCCGAAAAAAAAUAAAGUAGUUAUACUGCUAUCCACUCUGCAUAAUGACGCUUCUAUCGAUCAAGACACAGGAGAUCAACAAAAACCAGAGAUGAUUACAUUUUACAACCAAACUAAAUAUGGCGUUGAUAGAUUAGACCAAAUGUGUAGUCUAUAUGACGUUUCAAGAAAUUCUCGUCGUUGGCCGCUUACCAUAUUUUUUAACCUAAUUAAUAUAUCAUGUAUAAAUGCUUUAAAUGUGUAUAAAUUUAACAAUAUCAACAAUAAAUCUAAAAGAUCAGACUUUUUAGAAGUAUUAGCUUUACAACUGAUGAAACCGAAUAUUGAAAGACGUAUUAAAAAUUCAAAAUUACCAAAACAUAUUAGGAGUCGUGGAAUGAAAAUUUUAGGUCUCGUUGAAGAUACACAUAUUUUGUCUGAACGUCCUAAGGGAAUUGGUCGAUGUUAUUUGUGUGGAAGAGCAAGAAACAAAAGUACGAGAAAAUCAUGUGAACGUUGUUACAAAUGGGUGUGUCCAGAUCAUUUAAAAUAUAUUUGUAUUGGGUGUUGUGAUGAAGAACAAAGUGAAGAAUCAUCUUAAAUUAUUUCAAAAUGUAUU